AUGGCUACUUCAAACCAUUCUUCAAAGAUUGAGUUUAUCCUUGAAGGGCUAACAAAAUGCUCAGAGCUUCAGUUGCCACUCUUCCUACUGUUGCUUGGAAUAUAUGUGGUCACAGUGGUGGGGAACCUGGGCAUGAUCUUCUUAAUUGUUACCAGUUCUCAACUUCACUCUCCAAUGUAUUAUUUUCUCAGUCAUUUGUCCUUCAUUGAUCUCUGCUACUCCUCUGUGAUUACCCCUAAGAUGCUGGUGAACUUUGUGUCAAAGAAGAAUAUUAUCUCCUUUUGGGAGUGCAUGACUCAGCUUUAUUUCUUCCUUGUUUUUGUAAUUGCAGAAGGCUACCUUCUGACAGCCAUGGCAUAUGACCGUUAUGUUGCUAUCUGUAGCCCACUGCUUUAUAACGUUGUCAUUUCCCACAGGGUCUGUUCCAUAAUGAUGGCUGUGGUAUAUUCACUGGGUUUGUUUGGGGCCACCGUCCAUACUACCCACAUGUCAGUGUUGUCCUUCUGUGGGUCUCAUAUUGUCAGUCAUUAUUUUUGUGAUAUUCUCCCCUUGUUGACUUUGUCUUGCUCCAGCACCCAAGUCAAUGAGAUCCUGCUGUUUAUUAUUGGAGGAGUUAAUACCGUAGCACCUACACUGGCUGUCCUCAUCUCCUAUGCUUUCAUCCUCUCUAGUAUCCUCCAUAUUUGCUCCACUGAGGGACGGUCCAAAGCCUUCAGCACUUGUAGCUCCCACCUCAUGGCUGUGGGCAUCUUUUUUGGGUCUAUAACAUUCAUGUAUUUCAAGCCUCCUUCCAGCAAUACUAUGGAACAGGAGAAGGUGUCCUCUGUGUUCUACACCACAGUGAUUCCCAUGCUGAAUCCCCUGAUCUACAGCCUGAGGAACAAGGAUGUGAAGACUGCACUGAGAAGGUGGUUGGGGCAAGAGUGA